GCCGCGGAGGACGCAGACAAGCUCUCUGCCCCGCCCCCACCCCGGAGCCCUCCCUCGACUUAACCCUUCCAUGCCCGCUUCCUGCCACAACGGCCCGCCCCUCCAAGCCUCGGCGAGCGGGCGCGGGCCCUCCUCCUUUCCCACCCCGCGGGGGCGCGGCGCCAGGAGCUGACCGUGGUGCUGAGCUCGGCGCGCGGCUUGGUCUCGGGCGCGGCUCUCCGCCCUGCCAAGGCCGCGUACUGCGACACUCCCGGUCACGAGCGCAGUUUGGGGCACUGGCAGCAUGGAGCUGAAGAGAGGGAAGACCUUCAUCAAAUCCAGCCUGCAGAUUUCCCAUGAGAAACCCCCAGAUCCAUCAGCCACCACUCUGGCCAGGGAGGAUACAAGUCCCUGGUCAGUCUCACCAGGAGGGCAACAGCGGCCCUACUGUGAAAGGGCCCCACAGGUUAGUCCCAGCACCCAAGGAUAUGACAGAUGUUCCAACAAUGGGGCAGAGCUGGAACCCCAGGUGGGGGCUGCAGCCUUCUGUGGGGCCACCUUCAAACUUGUACGAAAGAGCAAGACUCAUGACUGUGUGCCUGAGGCUGGCAGGGCAAGCACAGCCACAAGGCAGCUGGUGGGCAGUGCAAGCUUCCCAGGGCCCCCCGGCAGCCAGCGCAUGAUUGAUUACCGCCACUUUGUGCCCCAGAUGCCCUUUGUGCCAGCUGUGGCCAAGAGCAUCCCAAGGAAGAGGAUCUCCCUGAAACGACCUAAGAAGUGCUUUCGGAACCUAUUCCACAUUCGCAGAAACAAGACUGAGAACUUGGCCUCACUGGUGACCAAGGGUGAGAGCCUGUCUUCCCUUGGGGAGCCAUCAGAGGAUGGUGGGCAGCCAGGCAAAACUUUCUUCCCUUUAGGUGAGGGACUGGGGGCAGACAGCCUGUGCCAGGACCUAUCUGACAGUGAGCUCCUGCCUGACUCUUCCUUUGACCUCUGCAGGGCCUUGUGUGAGGAUGUGGCCUCUCUCAAGAGCUUUGACUCCCUCACAGGUUGUGGGGAGAUCUUUGCAGAUGAAAACUCAGUGCCAUCACUGGAACUGAAUGAGGGCCCAGAGAGCCCAGCCCAGGUAUCCCAGAUCCUUGAAAGCAAGGUUCUUAGGGGCCCUUUCCAGGGCAGUGUGGAACAGCUGGCAUCACCUGCCCAAAAUGAGAUGUCUGACUUUGCCAAGUUCUGGGACAGUGUGAAUCACUCUGUGAGGCAGCAGCACCGUGCCCUACUAGGGCCAUGGCUGGGGGGUCCCCAGGGGACAGACACAGACCAUCCCAGACUAGAUGCAGCUGGGCUUGCUGAGCUACCCCUCUGUCCCUGCAGGGACCCCCACAGUGGCUCCAAAGCUAGCUCCAUAGACACAGGUACCCCUAAGAGUGAACAGCCAGAAUCCGUGUCCACAAGUGAUGAGGGCUACUAUGACUCCUUCUCACCUGGCCUUGAGGAGGACAAGAAGGAGGCUUCAAGCUCAGGCACACCUGCAGCUGCCUUCCCCCGUGACAGUUACAGUGGAGACGCCCUCUAUGAGCUUUUCUAUGACCCCAGCGAGGGCCCUAUAGGCCCAAGCCUGGAUGAUGACUUAUGUGUGUCUGAGAGUCUGUCAGGGCCAGCACUAGGAGCGCCACUGUCCAUGUGCAGCUUCCACGUGGGGGCAGAGGAGAACUUGGCUCCAGCACCAGGGCCAGAUCUGCUCAGCCAGGGCUUUUUGCAAAGCUCUUGGAAGGGCAAGGAGUGCCUGCUAAAGCUCUGUGACACCGAGCUUGCCAUCACCAUGGGCAUUAUCAACUGGCUUCGCCGUGGCCCUGAACUCCGUACCCCACCUGCCUCAGCUCCUAGAGAAACUGCAACCUCACCCAGGAGACAAGCAGAGAAUCUGGGAGCUGGCUCUGAGGAAAAGGGCCCAGAUCCUGUGAAACUGGAGGGCAGGGGGCCUGGGGCUUCAGAUGCAGGUAGAACUACUGUGGGCUCAGCACCCAGCAGACAGGAGCUGUGGGCACAUUCUCAUCCCAAGGGCCUGCUUGCUGGAGAGAGUAAGAUCACAGGAGGGUCCAAGCAGGGAACCAGCACUCCGCCUAGGGACUCAUCUCUGGAGUGUGCACAAGUGUCUGGGGAAGGAGGGACACAAGGCUGUCAUGAAGGCUUGUUUUCUUCUUUGGGGUGUGAAGCCUCUGCAACAACAGACACUUCCAGCAAAAAUAAGAUCCCAAACCCUUGGCCUGGCUUCCAAGAGCCCAGACCUCCUGGGAAUUUGGAGUGUUUCCAAGAUCCUUGGAGGCCAGAUCCUGGCAGAACCAUUCUUGAUGUAGAACCUCCCCUGAUAGGCUGUGUGGCCCAGGUGGCAGCUUUGCACAUCCACCCAGACUGCCAACCCCCUUCUAUACACCUGCCAAGACAGGACACAAACAAUGGGCUCUGCAGGCAGCCUCAGGCUAGGGGCCCUGAUAUUCUCCAGCAGAAACAACCUAACAAAUUCCCUAGCAUGCCAGUUGUAUGUGGCCUGCCCUCCCUGGCUAAUCCUCUCCACAGCCCACAGGACCAGAGGUGCGCAGGUCACAUCCUGGACCUUAGCCAACUCAGGGUGGAGCCCACCAGGAUGGAUGCCCAGGCUUAUCGUGUCUCCAUGGAUGACCAGCCCCUUCAGCUCAGUUCAAGGGCUGUGGAACAGGCAGCACCUAGGGGCCGGCUGGAUUCAUAGCCCCUCUUGGUCCUACUACCCAGCUGAGCCCCCCGGGCCAACUCCCAGGAUUCCUGGACCUCACUUCCAAUAUCCAGUAUAAGCGAGCCCCCUGUGCAAGUGCCCCAGAAAGUUGUUAUAGUUUCCUGGCCCAUGAGGGCCUCCUCUGCAACCAGCCGGAAGAAGGGCCCCCAGACCAGCCAUGGCUGAGCCUCACCUGUAGCAUGGGCCCUCACUCACCAGAAACUGUGUCUUUGGGGCCACAUUCAAGAGAACCUAACAUCCAAACCUCCAGCCUCUGUCCCUAAUGUGAGGACUGUGGGGGAGUGGGGGUAGCAGCACACAGGCAAGUGGAGCAGAGCAUUUUAAUGUGGAGGCAUCCAUGCCUGAACCAGUUCAGCCAGACCAGGUACUGGGCAGCCCAAGGCCAAGGACAGCUGCACAGCUGCCAUUGCUCUGAAAGUGUGCCUCACUGAUUUCCCCACAAAGAAAUGAAGAUUCGAAUCCCAGUUGGCUGUAAAGUGGCCACAUCUGGAUUCUCCUCAUAUAGCAUGUUAGAGAGAGGAGCUCAGGCUUGAAACUGAUGGGAAGAUAACAGUACAUCUUAUAAAUGGCAAUUGAGGGAGUCAAGAUGUCUGCAUAGGGGUUGAGAAAAAUAAAUGUGUGGCCUAGGGCUUAGGGGUGGGAUGCAGAGUGGGAAAGAGGCAGGAUGGGGCACUGUAGAUGAGGUCAGGAAUGUUCUCUGACCCCACACCAGUCUGCUCUCUACUUCCAGAACAAGUAACCACAGUGUACUGGGGUUCUGAAGGACUGCUCAUGGGAAUAAGAAGCAGGAACAGCCUCAUGUCAUUAAAAACCUUGAAUCCACAGACAACAUGUGUUACUGUGCAACUCUGCCAGGGCUAGACCCUGCAGACCCUAGUCAAUAGGAGUUGGUGAAUUCUCUGUCACAAAUCAGACCAAUAAUUUUCCCUGACUUCUCUAAAUGAAGCCAAGGAUAGCAAAAUGUUCUUAGGGAAGAAGCUGAUUGAUUGUCCACAACUCUGCCAUUUUCACCCCUUCACACUGUCAGCAUCUUUGCCUCCCCCUUCAGGAAAACUUACCUCGAAAUAGAGCUGUAAUUCUCAUCCUUCUGAAAGCCACAACAACAUACACAGUACCAAAUAUUCAGAAUCAUGGAGGGAAAAGGAGGCCCUCAUCCUCAGGAAGGGCAAGUGUCAGAACAUCAGGUACAGUGACAGACCAUGCAUCAAGUUUCUCCAUGAAAGACCCUACCUCACCCAUAAUGCUGCAGUGAGAAGCAAAGGAUGGGGUACCACAGAUAUGAAACAGUUUCUGGAAGAAAGGUCAUCAUAGAAAGGGGUAGGUCAGGUGGUGGGGGAGAAAUUCCAACCAGAAGGAUGCAGUCUCACAGCUGACCACAUUCUGGUGCCUCUCCUGAUUGUCUGAGGCUUCAUUUCAGACUAGAAAAUGCUCUGCAGCCCUUGUUAACAACUGCUUACAGGGGCCUACUUUUUGCUCCUAUAGGCUUCUGACCAGGCCCAUCCCUGGGACAUUUCUAGUCUUCUUGGAAAACCACACAUGAUUCCCUCUCCCAGGACUUCCACAAAUAGGAUUAUUGAGCUGUGCUGGGAGCAGGUUACACAUGGAAUAGUUUACCUCAUCCCUGCAUCAGCCUGAAUGCAGCUGUCUUCAUUUCUCAGAUGUGGAGACCAAGGCACGGAGUGCUGAUGUGACUUGCCAAUGAACAUACUCAGUUAGUGUGUGGGGUUGGUGGGGUUUGAGUCCCACCCUUUGGCUAGAACUUCUCUUGCUGAACUCCUGCAGUGAACUCCUCUUUCAAAGCCUUCACUCCUCCCUUCUCCCACAGCACCCUCUAGGAGCCAGCUGCAUGUCUCCCUGUAAGCAGCCUGAGUUCCUGGGGACUGGGGGUAUCCUUCAUUCAAUCAUGGUCCUUAUCACUUUGUACUACACCUGAGCAGAGCAAGUGUUCAUUACAUAUUUACUUGUUGAAAAAUGAAAUACCAAAAGAUUGCUAGUGGUUUUGUUUUCUUAUUGAACAUGAACCUAUGUCUGAAGAGUAGCAGAGUUAAGAUUUUACUUUUAGGAGUUCUGAGGGAGUGUUUCCUUGAUGUGACGUGGUGACUGGUGGUGAUGGGGAGAAUCCAGCCGGUGCCAAGAGUGCUGAUAAAAGCAGAAACCAAGGAGUUCCGGGACCCAGAGGUUAUGGUGAGGGUGGUCUGCAGUGACCCAGCAGCAGAGCUGCAGAGAAAAGGAACUGAGGCCAUGCCUACCUAAGAGGGACAAUCAGCCCAGUGGCUGUCACUCUGGGAAGCCUCUUAAGUAAUCCUGACACCCUAGAAAUGUUCAUUUUCUGCAAUGUGGUGGGAGAUCACAGCAGUGGCCUGCAAGAUACCUUGCUGAGAGAACAGAGGAGCUUCCCUUCCUUUUAUGUCCAGUGGUUCUGAGGAAGCCUCAGGCUAUCUCUUGCCACAUCCCAACUCUUGGGUUGCCCUCCCCUGCAAGAGGGGCACAGGCAGUGCCAGUCUAAUGGGGCUCUGCAGGCCUCAAGUAUGUUCUCCAGGUUGACCCACUGAGAGGAAAGAAUAGAACUGUUGGGCCAUCUCCUAGGAUAGGUACUUAGUCCAGUGUUGGGAGUAGCAGAGGGCUGUGGGGCAUUUUCAGAAUUCUGGUCAUUUCUAACCCUCUUAUUCAUACAUGACUGUAAAAGUUAGAGGAGAUUGUUUCUCCCAUAUAAAGUAAAAUCCUAGCUCAUAGAUGUCCCACAGAGUCGGAGUGACUCCCCAGGGUCAUACAAUGAUAAGCAGAGGACUGAGGUACACCCUGGGGCCUGUGCACUGUGCCUUUCAACCUUCCAGCCUUCCAAGGUUUCACUGGAUACUGGGAGGUGCUGGGAAGGGGCCAGGCAGCCUCCCAGCCUGCCUUAAUGGUGAGGGUGGCCUGGGGUACACCAGCAAGCCUGGAUCAAGAGAUCAAGAGGGAGGUGCUGAAAAGGGGUAAUUAUAGGCCAGCACAUGCUGAGGGGGACCCAGUGAACUAUAUCAGUCUUACCUUUCCUGGUUUCUUAUUUUAUUUUGCUUUACAUGUUAUGGAAUGGGGUAAAUACAGGAUACAAACUCAAAAGACACAGAAAACAAUAAAAGGUUAGUCUCCUUCCUUCUUUUAUCUUUCUGUUGUUUUGGUUACAAAACUAAUUCUCAUUUACUACAACCAACCCAAACUAUGUAAAGUGCUGAGUCCACUUCCCUGACUUUCUUGAACACUAGAAGUGUCCUCAGACCCUUUUUAUAUCCAUGACAUAAAUACACAUGAACUUUCAUCUUUUUCACUGCAUAGCAUAUCACAAAAAUCUUUUUUUAUUUAGAAUCAAUUAACAUAUAUUGUAUCAUUAGUUUCAGAGGUAGAGUUUAGUGACUCAUCAGUUGUGCAUAACACCCACUACUCAUCCCCAGUUACCCCAUUCUCCCACCUACCUCCCCUCCAGCAAUUCUCAGCUUGUUCUUUAUAUUUAAGUCUCUUAUGGUUUGCCUCCCUCCCUGUUUUUACUUUAUUAUAUUUUUCUUUCUCUUCUCCUAAGUUCUUGUGUAUUGUUUUGUAAAUUCCAUAUAUGAGUGAAAUUGUAUGGCUGACUUAUUUCCCGUAAGCAUCUGCCUUCAGCUCAGGUCAUGAUCCCAGGGUCCUGGGAUGGAGCCAGCAUCUGGCUCACUGCUCACUGGAGAGUCUGCUUCUCCCUCCCCCUCUGCUCCUCCCCACUCUGCUCCUGCCUGCUCUCAUUCUUCCUCGCUUGCUCGCUCUCUCUCAGACACCUUCUUAGCAGGUACCAGCAGCAAACUGUUUCUCCAUUCUCUUGAAUAGCUCCACAGCAUUCUCCUAUAGAUAGGAAUUAAUUUAAACAUUCUCCUAUUGAUGGAUAUUCAAAUUAUUUUGAUUUUUGUUAUUACAAACAAUGUUGUACUCACUUUUUAUUCUCCUAAAUCUUCUUUAUUAGAGUCCUCUUAAAAACUGUAAAAAUGAAACUUAACAGUGAAAGGAUGCAUUUUAAAAAUGAACAACACAUCCUGUUUCCUGUACCUACUGCAAGGAACAACUGUCCUGAGGCCCUGAUGUUAAUGCCCUAGGCUCCAUGGAGAUAGGGAUAUAUCACACAUACCCAUAUUUGGGAGAAGAAAGGUGGUUUUUCUUUUGUUAUUACAUGUAAGACCUUGAAAAUUGCCAUUUCUAUCCUUACAACAAGAAAAAUCUGGACAAAUAAAAUCAAUGACUUUUCUUGACCCAUCAGAAAAUGGCAAAUAACUUCCUUGAAACAUGGAGAAAUAGGCGCAUUCAGAGAAAUACAACAACCAAGACCUGGAGCAGAAGCUCCAAAAUGACAAAAACUGGUAGAAAGAGUUAAAAAGUAAUCUUGACAAAUUCUUGAAGCAUGAGUAGGAAGCUAGGGAGAUAGAUAGUCAAGGGGGCAUAUGCUUUCAUAGUCCUUUUCUCUAGGAAACAUCAAGUUUUCAGGAUGAGGAUAGAGAAAGAUCCCCUUGUGGGCAUGGCCGAGGGAAUGGAAAGGUAGCUACUGUUAAACCCUUCAGAACCUUCUCCCAGCAGGUCUAUCUCACAGGGGAAGGACUUCUCCAGAGGGCUAUUCUGAAACUUUUCCAACCUGAAGGAAAGGAACUUCACCCCAUUCCAGUUCUCUUCAACCUUCCUGUCUCAGGUAAGAAUAAGUGAAUAAGUAUAUAAGCAAAUAAAUACAUAAUAUAAGGUACAGUCAAUUGGGAGGGCACUGCAAGGAAAUAGACUGGAAACAGUAGGAGAGAAGGGAUUAGGUCUUCUGAAGUUUUUUUUUUUUAAGAUUUUAUUUAUGUAUUUGACUGAGAUCACAAGUAGGC